GGCUCCGCCUUUUCCUCGCCUGCAUCACUCUCCCCAUCCCUCCAUCCUCCUUUGUUUUGCCAUGCAGAGACCCAGCCGAGAUUGAUGGAGCCCCUGAGCCAGCACCACGGGCCCCCCGGACUCCCCCGCCUCUCCUGGAUCGACACCCUCUAUGGCAAUUUCAGCUACGGGUCGGAGGACUAUGACGCGGAAGGGAACGAGGAUCCCAAGGCGCUCCCGCCCGAGGCCAUGCCGUACAUUGACGAGUCCCCCACCAUGUCCCCACAACUGGGGUCCCGGGGUCCCGAGGAGGAGGCGGAGGAGGAGGAGGACGGCAGGCGGGACCACGAAUCGCCCCACGGAGUUGGAGGGGCUCAGGACAUGCGCCUGGUGGUCCUCACCGACUUCUUGGCCAACGAAGAAAUGUAUCUACACCAGCUCGAAGCACUCCUCCUGCCUCUGAAGCCCCUUCGGGCGACGGCGACCACGUCUCAGCCGGUGUUGACAUCGCAGCAGAUCGAGACGAUCUUCUACAAGAUCCAGGAGAUCUACGAGAUCCACAGGGAGCUCUACGACGGGCUCUGCCCUCGCGUCCGGGACUGGGACCCCAGUGCCUCCCACGGACACCUCUUCCAGAGGAUGGCCUCGCAGCUGGGCGUCUACAAGGCGUUUGUGGACAACUACAAGGUUGCGCUCGAGACGGCCCUCAAGUGCAGCCAGAACAACAACCAGUUCCAGAAAAUCUCAGAGGAGCUGAAGGUGAAGGGGCCGAAGGACUCCAAGGAGAGCCCCACCUCCGCCGUGGUCUCCAUGGAAGCGUUGCUGUACAAGCCGAUAAACCGCGUGACCCGCAGCACACUCGUGUUACACGACCUGCUGAAGCACACUCCGCCGGACCACCCAGACUUCCCGCUCCUCCAGGACGCCCUCCGCGUCUCGCAGACCUUCCUCUCCAGCAUCAACGAGGACAUCGACCCCCGCCGGACCGCCGUCACCACCCCCAAGGGGGAGACCCGCCAGCUAGUCAAGGAUGGCUACCUGGUGGAAGUGGCCGAAGGGUCCCGCAAGCUGCGACACCUCUUCCUCUUCACCGACAUGCUGCUCUGCGCAAAGCUCAAGAAGGCCGCCGCCGGGAAGCCCCAGCAGUACGAGUGCAAGUGGUACCUGCCGCUGGCGGAGCUGGUCUUCCCGUCGCCGGAGGAGUCGGACGCCUGCCCUCAAGUGCAGGCCCUGCCCGACCACGACCUCGAGGACGUCAAGAUGAAGAUCUCCUCCAUCAAGAGCGAGGUCCAGAAGGAGAAGGCCAGCAAAGGCCAGAGCCGGGCGGUGGAGCGGCUCAAGAAGAAGAUGUUCGACAACGAGUUCUGGCUGCUGCUCAACUCGCCGUCCAUCCCCUUCCGGAUCCACAACCGCAACGGGAAGAGCUACUUGUUCCUUCUGUCGUCGGACUACGAGCGGGCCGAGUGGAGGGAAGCCAUCCAGAGACUCCAGAAGAAAGACUUGCAGGCCUUCGUGCUGAGCUCCAUCGAGCUCCAGGUCCUGACCGGCUCCUGCUUCAAGCUGCGCACCGUCCACCACCUCCCCGUCACCAGCAACAAGGACGAGGACGAGUCCCCGGGGAUGAACGGCUUCUUGCACGUCAUCGUCCACUCGGCCACGGGCUUCACGCACUCGGCCAACCUCUACUGCACCCUGGAGGUCGACUCCUUCGGGUAUUUCGUCAGCAAAGCCAAGACGCGGGUCUUCAGGGACACCACCGAGCCCCAGUGGAACGAGGAAUUUGAGAUCGAGCUGGAGGGCUCCCGGACGCUGCGGAUCCUGUGUUACGAGAAAUGCUACGACAAGAGCAAGAUGAACAAGGACAACAAUGAGAUCGUGGACAAGAUCGUGGGCAAGGGGCAAGUCCAGCUCGACCCUCAGGCGGUUCAGACCAAGGACUGGCAGGCGGACGUCAUCGAGAUGGACGGGGUCAAGGUGGAGUUCUCCAUGAAGUUCACCAGCCGGGACCUCAGCCUGAAGCGGACGCCCUCCAAGAAGCAGACGGGGGUCUUCGGGGUCAAGAUCAGCGUGGUCACCAAGCGGGAGCGCUCCAAGGUGCCAUACAUCGUGCGCCAGUGCGUUGAGGAAGUUGAGAAGCGCGGCAUCGACGAAGUGGGCAUCUACCGCAUCUCCGGCGUGGCCACCGACAUCCAGGCCCUGAAGGCCGCCUUCGACGCCAACAGCAAAGACAUCCUGAUGAUGCUGAGUGACAUGGACAUCAAUGCCAUCGCCGGGACCCUGAAGCUAUACUUCCGGGAGCUGCCCGAGCCCCUCCUCACCGACCGGCUCUACCCGGCCUUCAUGGAGGGCAUCGCCCUCUCGGACGCGGCGGCCAAGGAGAACUGCAUGAUGCACCUCCUGCGCUCCCUGCCGGACCCCAACCUCAUCACUUUCCUCUUCCUCCUGGAACACCUCAAGCGGGCGGCCGAGAAGGAGCCGGUCAACAAGAUGUCCCUGCACAACCUGGCCACGGUCUUCGGCCCCACGCUCCUCCGGCCCUCCGAGGGGGAGAGCAAGGCGCCCCUCAGCCUGGCCUCCGACAUCUGGUCCCACGACGUCAUGGCCCAGGUCCAAGUGCUGCUGUACUACUUGCAGCACCCGCCCCUCUCCUUCGCCGAGCUCAAGCGCAACCUGCUCUACUUCUCCACCGACGUGUAGACGACGAGCAAACGGCGGACCACCUUUUCCGAAGCGGGGAGACGCACGUCCCGGCCGAGGAGGAGGCGGCGGACAAUGUUGUUGUUGUCGUUAUUCCCCGGGACUCUCGGACGACCGUUUUGUACUCCUCCCCCCGUACUUCCCCCCCUUUAGUAGUCCGAAUCUCUUCCCGGGAAGCGGCAAAACACGGACGUUCUGCCCCAAGACAACGAGGGCAACCGUCUCCUCCCCGAACGGCAGCUCGGAAGGAACUACGGGCUCGCAUUCCCGUCCUUCCUUCCUCCGAAGCGGUUUUCCUCGCGCCCGCGUCACGAAAAGGUCCCAAACGAGAGCUCUCGUUUCCCCCUCGCGGUUUAUAUUUAUGGUUUGACGCGGAGAUAUUUUUGUUGCCAAAUUCCCCAGCUUCGUGGCUUCGGUCUCCUCGAUCCGGAGCUUUUCUUGUGGGGAAACCGUGCCCCGAACAGGGUUUCGUUGCUUACAGGGUCCGACUCCGGAAGUCUCAGGGGAGGAGGGUUUCCUUUCCCCGCAAACGACGGAUUCGCUUCUUGCACAUCCAAGGCCUCUCUCUUGUUUUUAUUUUAGUUGUAUUAUUUAAUAAGAGUUUUAUUCACGGAUCUCGCCGGGACGACUUAAGCUUAAAGUUUCUGACAAGCGGUACUAUUGUGCUCCAUUUUGGCGCCCAAACAGGGACACCCGUCGACUCAAAACCUUCAGAUUUAAAGUUAGGAAACUACACUCUCUUUUCUUGGCGCCCAAACAGGGACACCCGUCGACUCAAAACCUUCAGAUUUAAAGUUAGGAAACUACGCUCUCUUUUCUUGGCGCCCAAACAGGGACACCCGUCAACUCAAAACCUAUAGAUUUAAAGUUAGGAAACUACGUUCUCUUUUCUUGGCGCCCAAACAGGGACACCCGUCAACUCAAAACCUAUAGAUUUAAAGUUAGGAAACUAGGCUCUCUUUUCUUGGCGCCCAAACAGGGACACCCGUCAACUCAAAACCUAUAGAUUUAAAGUUAGGAAACGACGCUCUCUUUUCUUGGCGCCCAAACAGGGACACCCGUCAACUCAAAACCUAUAGAUUUAAAGUUAGGAAACGACGCUCUCUUUUCUUGGCGCCCAAACAGGGACACCCGUCAACUCAAAACCUUCAGAUUUAAAGUUAGGAAACUAGGCUCUCUUUUCUUGGCGCCCAAACAGGGACACCCGUCAACUCAAAACCUUCAGAUUUAAAGUUAGGAAACUAGGCUCUCUUUUCUUGGCGCCCAAACAGGGACACCCGUCGACUCAAAACCUACAGAUUUAAAGUUAGGAAACUACGCUCUCUUUUCUUGGCGCCCAAACAGGGACACCCGUCGACUCAAAACCUUCAGAUUUAAAGUUAGGAAACUACGCUCUCUUUUCUUGGCGCCCAAACAGGGACACCCGUCGACUCAAAACCUUCAGAUUUAAAGUUAGGAAACUACGCUCUCUUUUCUUGGCGCCCAAACAGGGACACCCGUCAACUCAAAACCUAUAGAUUUAAGGUCAGGAAACUACGCUCUCUUCUCUUGGCGCCCAAACAGGGACACCCGUCGACUCAAAACCUUCAGAUUUAAAGUUAGGAAACUACGCUCUCUUUUCUUGGCGCCCAAACAGGGACACCCGUCAACUCAAAACCUAUAGAUUUAAAGUUAGGAAACGACGCUCUCUUUUCUUGGCGCCCAAACAGGGACACCCGUCGACUCAAAACCUUCAGAUUUAAAGUUAGGAAACUACGCUCUCUUUUCUUGGCGCCCAAACAGGGACACCCGUCAACUCAAAACCUUCAGAUUUAAAGUUAGGAAACUACGCUCUCUUUUCGUGGCGCCCAAACAGGGACACCCGUCGACUCAAAACCUAUAGAUUUAAGGUCAGGAAACUACGCUCUCUUCUCUUGGCGCCCAAACAGGGACACCCGUCGACUCAAAACCUUCAGAUUUAAAGUUAGGAAACUACGCUCUCUUUUCGUGGCGCCCAAACAGGGACACCCGUCGACUCAAAACCUAUAGAUUUAAGGUCAGGAAACUACGCUCUCUUCUCUUGGCGCCCAAACAGGGACACCCGUCAACUCAAAACCUUCAGAUUUAAAGUUAGGAAACUACGCUCUCUUUUCUUGGCGCCCAAACAGGGACACCCGUCAACUCAAAACCUUCAGAUUUAAAGUUAGGAAACUACGCUCUCUUUUCGUGGCGCCCAAACAGGGACACCCGUCGACUCAAAACCUACAGAUUUAAAGUUAGGAAACUACGCUCUCUUUUCUUGGCGCCCAAACAGGGACACCCGUCGACUCAAAACCUACAGAUUUAAAGUUAGGAAACUACGCUCUCUUUUCUUGGCGCCCAAACAGGGACACCCGUCAACUCAAAACCUACAGAUUUAAGGUUGUUAGGAAUCUAUGCGGCGACAAUUCAGGGACCAGGGAGGAGACAUUAUACUUGAUUUAGGGGCCAAAUUCUGCGAAAGGGCUGCAGAUAUGGAAAAUCGGCAUUAUCAAUUCCUACGUAAGUGUCAAUCAACCCACCCCUGCUUGCCUUUUCUAUUUGUUUCUCGCAGACGAAAUAGGAAUACUUGAUAUUUGAACUCGUUUUAAGGAUAUAUAUAUAUAUUAUAUAUAUAUAUAAUUUUUGGUUGUGUCCCGUCACAGGUGGAUUUCCUCCCUCCCCCUUCAAGGUUUUAAAUCGAUGUUAAAUCAUGGAUGAAACUGUUAAUAAAACCCACCACGUUUGCACAAAAGGAA